UGUCGGUCGCAACGAUACACAUACAUAUAAUAUUAUAAUAGUGCAGCAUAUGAACACAACGAACAGUAUAGUAAUAUGAAAAUGUUAAUAGAAAGAGGUAUUUAAAGAAAAAUAAUACAAAAAGAGUGAAUAAAGUCGACGCAGCGUGUACGUUUAAAUAUGGAAUUUUCACUCCAUUUAUCAGCACGAUCAGAAGCACUCCUUUCAGCAACAGAAAUGGGAAACCUAGAUGAAGUUAAACUGUCGAUUAAAGGAGGAGCUAUAAUUAAUGCAAUUGAUCCCGAUGGCCGUACGGCACUACAUAUAGCUGCAUAUUUGAAACACAUGAAAAUAGUCAAAUAUUUAUUGGCAAACGGUGCAGAUGUAAACGCAAUCGAUUGGUGUAAUAAAUGUAGUCCUUUAAAUUAUGCUACGUUCAAUAAUGAUCUUAAAAUGAUUCGAUUAUUCACAAAAUCUGGAGCAGAUAUGGAGUGUUCAGAAUGGAAUGGAAAUAUGCCUAUCCAUACUGCAGUCGAAAAAGGAUAUCUAGAAAUUGUAAAAUAUUUUUUAGAAAAUGGGUUAGAUGUAGAUAUUACAAAUACAAAGAGCAAAAUGACGCCUCUUCAUAUGGCUGCCUGUAAAGCCUACAUCGAAAUAGUAGAUUAUUUACUGUUAAAUAAGGCUAACGUGCGUCUCAAAGAUGAUCAGAAUCGGAGUGCAAUUCAUUAUGGUGUUAAAGGAGGGAAUGCUAAAGUUGUUAAAAUCCUUUUAGAAAAGGGAGUUGAUAUAAAUGCUAAAGAUAGGUUCGAGUGGACCCCUUUAUAUUUAGCUUGUAGAUACGGGUAUUUAGAAAUUGUCCACUUACUUUUAAAAAAAGGUGCAGUGUGUAACCUACAGGGGAGAUCCCAGAAUGAUUCUCUACUCCAUUGGGCAUGUGAAAACGGUCUUCUAGAAAGUGUAAAGUAUUUUAUCAGCAGAGGGGUAGACGUGGAUUUCGGUACAAUUCAAGAAUAUACUCUUCUGCACGUGGCUGCAAGAUUUAAACAAAUUGAAAUGGUUAAAUAUUUGAUUGAAAAUGGUGCAGACGUUAACAAAAAAACUCUACCUAAAGGAGCUACUCCAUUAUAUUUUGCGAUAAAGAAUAUGUGCCCAGAAGUUGCAGAGUUCUUAAUUCUAAAUGGAGCUGAUUUAAAAGAAGCUGACUAUACAGGCAAAUCUAUUUUAUCGAUAGCCUUAAAAGAUGUGUCAGGUGAUUAUGAAGAGUCAGAACAGUCAGAUAAUGUGGUAAUUGCAAAACUAAUAAUCAAAUACACCGUGUUAAUUUACAAUCCCACUGAAAAUUUUAUUCAGGGUGGUUGUCCUUUCUUCAAAGAAUUAUCGCAAUAUUAUAACGACUGCCAAAAAGAAAUGACAAGUAUGAAGAAUGUGAUAAUAAAGAAUAGUAAUGUUUCAUUAUAUCAAAUAAUUUGCGACUCCAAUAAAGGUAACGCGUUUAUUCAAUAUCUACGUAACGACACUAUUAAAAAAGAGUUACAAAAUAUUGAAGAUUGCCUUAAAAACUUUUCGAUAUAUGGCAGUAUUCUUCCUUUGGUACAACAUUGGGUUAAGAGAGGCUUUCAAAGAAUCGAAUUACUUUCAGAUGCUGACAUAACAAUGAAAAAAAUUGCACCUCAUUUACCAUCAUAAAUAAAACGAAAAAUAUUCGACUACUAACAUGACUGAUCUUAAAACGGUGAUACAAUCAGAUUUAUUCAAAUAAAAAUUAUUUUUCUGCGGCCGUGCUAAAAGAGCCACUUUCACGCACGCAUUUCGUUGCCGAAAGUUGCAGUUUCCCGCACGACGUGCGUGAAAGUAAAUUUUCCCGCACGGCAUGCGGGAAAGUAAAAUUCGUUGUAAUAUGGCAUUAUAAUAUAUAUUAUAAUACAUGCAAUAAACUAAUAUUUAGAUAUUAUUUACUAAUUUAUUUCAAAUUUAUCUUAUUGUGUUCAUGUUUUAAUGAAAUUAGCGCGAUAAUUCGAUGAAAUAAAAUUGUUUUGACAUAUUUAAAAGUCAGAUCAGUAGAAAAUUACAAUGGUUUUGAAUCGUCGUCAUGGAAACCAAUAUCAUCGUCGUGGGAACCUAUUAUAUUGAAAGUUUGGUUUUGAUAACCUUGCCAAAGAAUUAAUUUGUGUAUUUUCACUUCUAAAUAAAAAUUUAUAUAGGUAACUCUAUUUUUUGUGGCUUAUUCCAAACGUACGGCCCUAGAAAAAAUAUUGUUCCUAACUCAUGCGGAAAGUGUCUUCCCCGCACUCGACUGCUUGCCCGAACUCAGCUAUCGCGUCGUUCGGGUCAACGGCAGUCUCGUGCGUGAUAUCACUUUUCGCACUAGUUAGGAAAAUAACUAUAUUUGUUUGUUUCUUUAUAACAAAGUUAUGAUUUUAGAAGGAGUAGAGAAAUGGGGGAAACAACAACAAUGACAAACACACAAGAUAAUAGAAACAUAAUGCUAAACGACACCACAAUAGAAGCCGUUAAUGAUUAUAUAUUGGGACAGAUAAUAAAAAUAAAUAACGAAAACCAAACAGCCGACGUAAAAAGAACUUCAUACACAGAUAUACACAGAAUAAUAAAAGAACAAUACUUAAAAACAAGAGUGUUUGACCAGUGCAUACUCCCAAUUCUCACAUACGCAUGCCAAACAUGGGCCUUGACCAAAGCAAACAUGGAUAAAAUAAUGAAGACACAAAGAGCCAUGGAGAGAGCAAUGUUAGGAGUAAAAUUAACAGACAAAAAGCAAAACACCUGGGUAAGAAAUAAAACAAAGACGCAGGACAACAUAUAGCUAGGCUAAAAUAGAGCUUCGCAGGUCAUAACGCAGACAAACGGACAAUAGGUGGAAUACCACGAUACAACAAUGGAGACCAUGGACAGGAAAGAGAGCAAGAGGACGACCCCAGAUGAGAUGGGGAGACGACAUUAAAAAGAUCGGAGGAACGCACUGGAAACAGAAGCACUAAACAGAAGCGAAUGGAGGAAACUGGAGGAAGCCUAUGUUUAAAAUUGGACGAAUUAAAGGGCAAAAGAAGAAGAAAAAGAGAAAUGCUACACUCGGGGAAUAUAUUGCAGCAUAUAUCCCGUACUGUUAUAAUUACUUUUAUAAUAAGGUUAACUAAUUUUUGUGAUCAACGACUUAAACAAUAUCUACUAUUUCCAGUACUUCAUAAUAUGACAGAUUGAGCAAGAUAUGUAGAUUUUUUAUCUUUGUAAAUCUAUCGAAUUCACUUUAUGACUUUAUGUUAUAUAAAGGAUAACAUGUUUUAUAUUCAUCAUUGUUUGACAUAUAAUUAUGGAAAAAUCAAUUCGAUAUUAAUAGACCAGAUUGAGUUGAUGGAAAUGAUCUCGACCUUGCCAUUGCUAUGGAGAAUGAAGACAUAUGCAUCAUUUGUGGAACAUUUUGGCAAAAUAAGGAAAAAAUAAUACAGUAGGCGGUACUGUAGACCUGCGUGAAGCUGCACACUAUUUUCUGUAUUUUUAAAUUGUAAAUAUUUUUAAAAUUGAUUAAAGUAAUUUUAUUA